CAUCCCACAAGAGCGUCCCGGUGUCACAAUUGCCUGCCAUUCAAAUCGAGGAGCCACCGGAAUUAGGCACACGUAAGGUGUCAGAGACAACGAAGAAGUCUGUGACCAUACUUCCGGAGUACUCGGAAUUUGGCCUCGCCAUACCAGAAAAGGACAGUGACACACUAAGAUCUGAAGACGGCCGUGGACAGGGUAUUGACAUAACAGUCCUCUGGUUGGCUCUCAAUGAGGAAUGCGAAGCUACGACCAAUAACAACGUGCAGCGUUUGUACGUCGCGUACAGUUUCCUGGGCCGCAGUGGUGCCGACCUGGAAACGCCCGUGAGCUUGCCGAAACCAAAUAAUUAUGUGGAUAAGUGUGUCUUCAACUUUAGAAAAUCAUUUCAGUUGAGCGACUGCGAUCUACCUUUGUUGGGGUAUAUGGCCAGAUGUAGGUCCGGAAACAGACGCAGACACGAUCCCAGAGAUUGCAUCGUGUUCGCAGUGAUCAGCGAGCCCCCAGAAGACCCGCUAGGUUUGGAUAGCUGCGAAGAUAUUGGGUACGCAUACUUGUACCUGGGCGACAUGGUGUCGUCGUCGGGCUGCAGCGACUCGUACACGGAGGUGGUGCCGGUGCGCUCCGCCCGAGACCGCUCCGCCGUCUGCGGGGUGCUCGCCCUCCGCCUCGACGGCCUCCACCUCGUGCGGAAGUGUCUGCUGCUGUCCAACUCGGGGCGAGAUUUCUCCAAUAGCUUGCGGUGA